GAAUAAUGCACGUGACAAAGGCAUGGAGCCGAAGUAACAUUAUUCAGUGAAGCUGCUGAAGUGUGGAUGAGGCAACCAAGGCCAUAACAAUGGCAAUGGUUCUUCUCUGCUCACCGUCUCUUCUCCCACCUCAUCAUUUUCUCAGGAAUCAGAGUAGAACCUUGCUAAGCGAGAAGAAAUGCAAGUUAAAAGAGAAGAUACUGAUUCGCUCAUGUGCUUCUUCUUCUUCUUCUUCGAAACCCAAUUCACUAGAUGGGUUUUUCAGAAGGGAUUUCGUGCUUUUUGGUCUAUCUUCUUCCAUAUCUAUUUUCUUUCCAUCUUUGGGGUCCCUUGCAGAGGAAUAUCUAAGAAUGGACUCUUUGGUUGAUGAAAUAAAUGCUUAUACUUAUUUAUACCCAGUAGAGUUGCCAUCUAAAAAGGUCAUCUUUAAAUGGGUAGAAUCCAGAAAGCCAGAACGAUAUUCAUCAGCUGCACCAUUGUCUCCUGAUGCACGCCUGCGCAUUGUGUCUGAGCGUGUUGACAUUAUUGAUAACUUGAUCAUCUCGGUUACAAUAGGUCCCCCAAAUUUUCAGUUCAUAAAAUCUAAGGACAAGGGUACCUGGACUGCAAAAGAUGUUGCCGAUUCUGUUUUGUCAGACAAGUCUGCGCUGCGAGUCACCUCAAGUCAGCGAUUGGCUGAGAGUUCAGUUCUUGAUACCCAUACCAGUGUAACUGAUGGUGAACCAUACUGGUAUUAUGAAUACCUUGUACGCAAGUCACCCACAAAAAUUGCUCAAGAGUCAAAUCUUUAUUGGCACUAUAUUUCUUCAACAGUUGAACGAGAUGUUUCAACUGGUAAGAUCCUAUUUCACUGGUGGAACUAUAUUCAAUUGUCGCUCUUGAAAUGUUCUGCAUAUUUUGCAGAUAUGGCUUCUCCAUUUUCUGGACUUCUAUUCACUCAUAAGGAACUUAAUUGCAGGUUAUCUGUAUACAAUAAAUGCUUCAACUCUUAGCAAACAGUGGAACAAGAUGGGGCCUUUCCUGGAGAAAACUGUGGCUUCAUUUCGCCUUCUCCCUCCCACGGAUCGGUAUGUACCUCCAUAUAAGGAUCCAUGGAGAUUUUGGUGAACAUGUUUCUUUUAAUUCAUUUGUCAUUGAUCCUUAAUGUAUUCCCUCCUUCACAAUAGUUUCAAAUUCAAUAGACAUGUCAUGAGUUUUAUUCUUUUA